UCGAGUGUGAUCUUAUGAUAUUUUAAACUCUUCCGUAAGUAACUUACAAAUUUUACGUCCGCAUUCUAAAACGUGUUUCAUUGAGAUAACAUUAAAAAUGAAUUAUCAGUAUUCAGAUCUGAUGAAAUGGUUUUGUCUUUUCAUUUUACUAAUUUUAUUGGAUAUUAAAAAUAUUUCUGUUGGAAAGUGUAUGAAUGACGAAAACAGUGAAAAUUUACCAUCAACUUACGAUGAAUGGUAUCAUCUGAAGCAUAAUAUUACUAUAAGGAGUCCUAGAGAAGCAAUUGACAGUUUGGAAUCUACGGUUACAGCAGCCCUCUAUCAACAAAGAAUUAACGAAAUAAACAAAUGGCUUUUAGAUUCUUUAAAGAAUAUAACAAAAAUAUCAGAAGAAAUUGACACUAAUUAUGAUGAACAAUUACUGCAUCAUUUAUUCAAUUAUAAAACAAACCCAGUCGCAGCUAUGAAAAAAUAUCUCGAUCAUACGUUCAAAGAUCUCACAUAUUUUGACAAAUUAUCUUUAAUCGGCGAUUGGACACGUGGUUUGGCAACAAAUGACUUAAAUAGCCUUCAGCAAAAUGUAUUUGACUUUGCAAUUGAAUACUACUCAACAUUACAAGUAAGAUAUUGA